UCAAAUGCAAUGCGAAACAAUGGUUUAUACAGCGCGACGCGUCGUUAAUGGCGCUACAUUACGAGUUUGAUGGAGUGCGGCUUUGUCCAUGUAAAUCCGACGCUUCGCGUCCUCCAAUCAGAGCGUGGCGUCACGUAGCGUCUUCCAAUGGGAGAUGCGCGCUUGCAGGUUAUCUGCGCGUCAUCGCCGCGGGGGUCCAUUGAGCGGAGAACGGCGCUUCAGAUGCGGGCGAUCGCAGCACUCAAAGCGGGAGAGAGAUCUGCCGAGGACCGGCAUCGCGUUUCUGGGAUUCAUCGGGAGACGUUCGCGAACUUUAACUUGCGGUUGAAAGUAACAGUUCUAGUGGAUGAGUUGUCAAGUUGUGGGCGUUAAACUUUCUCAUACGAACUUUCUUGCUUCGCGGUCGCCCCGUGGUUCACUCGCACCGAUGUUAGCGGUCGGGCAGAUGGAUAGUAACCGGCAGAGUGCGUUCGUUCUGGGCAGCACUCCUCUGGCUGCGCUGCACAACAUGACCGAGAUGAAGACGUCUUUAUUCCCGUACGCCCUGCAGAACCCCGCGGGCUUCAAGGCUCCUUCCUUCAGCAACCUGAGCUCUCAGAUCCCGCUGGGAACGCCGCAUGGAAUUAGCGAUAUCUUGGGAAGACCCAUCACCUCCGCGGGGCAGCUGCUCUCGGGCUUUCCCCGGAUCAACGGCUUGACAUCGACCGGGAUGUACUUCAACCCUGCGGCGGUGUCUCGGUACCCCAAACCGCUGACGGAGUUGCAUGGGAGGGCGCCCAUAUUUUGGCCCGGAAUGAUGCAGGGUUCACCCUGGAGAGACCCGAGGGUUCCCUGUCCUGCCCAGGCAAAUAUGAUGCUGGACAAUGAUGGAAAGAAGAAACACUCCAGACCAACUUUUUCCGGACAGCAGAUUUUCGCCCUGGAGAAAACCUUCGAGCAGACCAAAUAUCUGGCCGGUCCGGAGCGAGCUCGACUCGCGUAUUCUCUGGGAAUGACCGAGAGCCAAGUCAAGGUUUGGUUUCAAAACAGAAGAACCAAAUGGCGCAAGAGACACGCGGCUGAGAUGGCCACGGCUAAAAAGAAACACGACUCAGAGACGGAGAAAAUGAAGGAGUGUUCAGAGAACGAGGAUGAUGAUGAAUAUAACAAACCUCUGGAUCCGAACUCCGACGAGGAGAAAAUCACGAGACUGUUAAAAAAGCACAAGACGAGUAACCUGUCCCUCAUCAGCCCGUGCAGCAACAGCUCGGACACUUUGUGAUGAAGCUGAGCAAAAGACUCUCCAUCAUCUUCAUCAUCUGCUUCAGAUUCUUCUGGAGAACGAGGCAGAAUUAAGCAGGGUAUAAACACUGUUCACGCUGCUUCUGCUUUGCUCUGAACGCGGUUGUACAGUUAGAAGUGGACGUGAGAUGUGUAUAUAUAUUUUUUACUGAGUAAAUUAUGUUAUUAAAGCAUCACGGAGACGUGCCAACUUCCCCCUCAUCAUCAUCAUCAUCAUCAUCAUCAUCAUCAUCAAGAUCAUUUUUUUUGUCUUCGAUCGCAGAAGAAUAACGCCCUUUUCCGCCUAAAAGUUUCACUUUUGAUUUUGGAAACAGGUACACCAAGUGUAUAAAGAAGUGCCAGUGCUGUAAAUGAUGUGUAUAGAAUUUGUUUUAAUAAUGUCCUUUUGGCCGCUGGAGUUUAUGUUUUACCUCACAACAGGAAAAAUACACAAAUAUGGACAUAAAUAUCGACGAAGAGAAUACUAUUGCUUCCGUGAGGACGGAAGAAAAAAACUUUGUAUUAUCAAUAAAUUAUUUAACAAGCCAAUGUUUAAAAAAUGUCCUGGUCCUUUUUUAAUUUCAUACAUUUAGAUAUAGGUUAUUUUAAAAUGUGCUGUUAUUAAUGUAAUUGCAAUUGCAUAUUAUAUCCGUGCAUUAAUAUCCUACAGUAAUGAUAAUACAAUUCUUACACGAUUGCCACUAAUAAUUUAAUAUUACAAACGUUCAUUUAAAGUCGAGCACGCGUUUAUUGAGGGGAAAACCAGUUUCCGAUGUAAGAAGAGCAAUAUUGUCUCCUUUUUGGAGGUUUUAUUUUAGGAGCAUGAACUGCUUCAAUCGGACUGAUGAAGAUGAUCAGUAAUAGGUCUUUAAACAUGCAUUUAUAGAUUAGCUUAUAUUUGUAUUUCUCAGUCCAAGCGAGCAUUUUUUUUAAACCUGUGCGAUCAUUUAAUGACUUUAAGGAACUUUUCUAUCGCGAUGCAAAUGUCUCGCGACCCCGUUAACUAUUCAAAUUAAACAUGCUGAAAAAAACAAAACAUUAUUUUUAUGUGAUAUGUAGAUUUAUUCUUAAAUAAUUGUAAGCUACGACAGUAGACUAUGAUUUCGAUAUUAAUCGCAACGAAUAUCGCGCAUUGUGUUGCUAUGGUAAGGGCAGGUAAAAGCGGACUUGCGAACGACUAAUUAACUUUAAUUAAAACGUGUAUAUAAAAUAUAGUUGCAUGCAAAAGAAACCCAUAUUCUCGAAUUUUCUGUUUAGUUUCCAGUGUCAAUUACGUGUAUUCCCACUUAACGUUAUUUCCUUUUAAUAAGAUAUUCAGCCAUAUAUAUAUAUAUAUAUAUAUAAAAUUUUUUUCCCUCUCAGGGACCACCAAUGAUGAAUGCAUGUAGAAGUCAAAGGCUUGUUUAGUGAAUCUCAUGGUGAUAUUGAUGUGCUUGACUAAUGACAAAGAGGCACUGAUUCAUUCACUCAUUCGUUCUUUGAGUUCUAAUGGUUUUAUUGCUUUUAGAGGUCUUGCCAUCCAUGAGGUCUAAUCUCUAUCUGCUUAAAGAGUGAAUCCUAUCACCUGACCUGCUGGGAAAAACACAGUUAACAAGCAGUUCUUCUAACCAGAUCACUGUCAAAGCGACACAAAAUCAUUCCCACCGAUUCAGAAAUGAAGGAUCAGUCUGAAGGAUCGCUGACUCUGUAGUGUAAUGAAUUCAGUCAGUUUUAGCAAACGGCACUGAUGCUGAGAACAUGCACGAGAGAAAUCAAACCCAAGUGACCACACUUUACUUCACAGUGUCCACUGUGUCGUGUACAUUAGUACUGAACUUCAUGUACUUCAUAUGUGACGGUGUUGCUAAAACACACUGUAAAGUAAAGUGCAUUUCAAGGUUUCUCCUGGUCCUUAUAAUUUGAGUGUUUUUGCAUAAUGCCAUCAGAACUCAACUCUACAUUUGACCGAGUUCAAGAGUUGGCAUCAUGACACAAUAAUAUAAUAACAAGAAAUCAUACAUAAAAACAAAGGGAAAAAAGAAUACAGCUAUUUAAGAUACCCAGGCCUAUUUAAAAUAUCACAUUCAACCAUAACAUUAUUACACAGAAAUAAGUUAGAAUAAGAACAGCACUGUAAGAACCGAGCAAAACUGCUAUUGAAACUAUCUUAUAUACUUGCAUGGUUUAUGGCACUGCUUAAAAGAUAAAAAACUAAACUGGCUAUGUAUAUAUAUAUUAUAUAAAUCAUAUAGGCUGAAAUGGCAUUUUCUACUUAUAGUGAUGUGGAUUUAGUCAUUUCUAUAACUAUUCAAACAUUUCAACUUUACACCCAAAGCAGCCGUUCGUUUCAAUAUGUCAGCAUAUUAUAGUUUUGGUACGAAUUAUAAAUUAUCUCUUUAAAAAGUAGAGUAUAUAAAAGGAGACUCGGCGGUUGUAUGUGGCACGGCACUGCACAGCAAAUCAAGAAAAAACCAAGAUAAACAAGAGUCGAGAGAGAGAGAAAAUCAUACAAAUGCUUGAACAGAAAACACCUAUCUAUUCUAACAGAGAGAAAGUGUAGCAAUCUCCAAACAGCACUAGAAACCAGCAUGUACAAAUAAACCUAACCAGAGAGAAAUACAACAAGAGUUCUUGCAUUGCACUUUUUAAAACAUCUUACUGUAUGGAAGUAGCUCGUAAUAUUAUGAGGCAUAUCUAAAAUCCGCACGGAUGCUUUUUAAGAUCUGUAGAGUGUUUCUGAUGUUCUGUAAGAGUUUGGGAAACGAGGCUGAGACGUCAGAAGAAGAACAUCUGAUUUAGUGGAAAUGCAGCGUGUGUGUGUGUGUGUGUGUGUGUCCAUGAUCUCGACUCUUGAAGCAUUCAUGAACUCAGUGUGUCGUUUCUAUGGACGUGAUUGCAUGCACUGGACAAAUGCGACCGGUCAGUCCUGCUGAAAAGUCUUUACAGGGUCCUCUGUUUGCG